GCAGGUUUCUCUGCCUCCUCGUUGGCCACACAGCACAGCACAGCUCAGCUCAGCUCAGCUCUCUCCUCCGCUCGGCGUUGUUGCCGUUUCUCAUCCACUCAUGCGGGCGCCGCUGAAGCCGAUGGACUAGUCGGAGGUUUGUGGCUCCCACUGCUGCUGUUGGUGGUGGACUGUGUAGUGACCAUGGCUGCCAAAGACGACAUCUACAGUAAAAUCCUGCCACGGAGGCUCCGGCAGAACCGACCGGGCUCAGUGAAAUGUGGCUCUAAUCUUGACGUGCUGUUGUCCAUGGGCUUCCCCAGACCCAGGGCGCUCAAAGCUGUGGUAUCAACAGGAGGUCGGAGUGUGCAAGCAGCAUGUGACUGGCUGUUUUCCCAUGUGGACGACCCGUUCCUGGACGACCCCCUGCCAAGGGAGUUUGUCCUCUACCUACGACCCAGUGGACCACUUCAGAACCAGCUCUCCCACUUCUGGCAGCAGAGCCGGGUCACUUGUGGCAAAAACAAAGCCCACAACAUUUUUCCCCACAUCACUCUCUGCCAGUUCUUCAUGUGUGCAGACCACAAAGUAGAAGCCCUGUGUGAAGCCCUCCAGGCCAGUGUACAGCAGUGGCGAGGUCGCUUCCCCAGCCCACUGCCCCUAGAGCUCUACACAUCCUCCAACUUCAUCGGCCUUUUUGUGGAAGAACAGGUGGCCGACGUCCUCAAGCAGUUUGCAGCCGACUUUGCCACAGAGGCUGCUGGGAAGGCAGAAGUCCAUGUUGAGCCUCAUAAGAAGCAGCUCCAUGUAACUCUGGCCUACAACUUUCCCAGCGAUCACCUCCCAUCACUGGAGAAACUGGCCAAGGGCAUCGAAGUCAAGCUGGGCUGUGAUUGGUUGGCUGUCUUGUUCUCCCGGGACAUUCGUUUUGCUAACCAUGAGACCCUGAAGGUGAUGUAUCCCUACAUGCCUCAGAAUGAGGAUGAGCUGGAGCUGGUUCCUGGGGAUUUUGUCUUCAUGUCACCAGUGGACCAGAGUGGGACCAGUGAAGGUUGGGUGUACGGAGCCUCGCUGGCCACAGGGCUUUCUGGACUGCUGCCUGAGAACUAUGUCAGCCUGGCCGAUGAGUCCGACACUUGGAUCUUCCAUGGCUCCCAUUCCUUCUUCAGCUGUGGGCCCAGUGACAAGAGCAGUAAGGAGCGAGGGAUGUUAGAUGGACUGCUGGACAGCCGACGCCCUGAUAGCACUAGUCCUGGAGACACACCCGGCCUCAGUCUCAUUUGUCAUCCAAUGCAGCAGGUCCUGCGGAUCAGCGGCGGUCACCCACGGCAGUCCAAGCGCUCACUUUUCGUCUGCCGGCACGGAGAGAGGAUGGAUGUGGUUUUUGGCAAACACUGGCUCACCCUCUGCUCAGACAGUAAAGGUAGAUAUGUUCGCUCCAAUCUGAACAUGCCUCCCAGUUUGCCACUGUGGGGCGGGCAGAGAGACUAUGACAUGGACACUCCUCUCACUGUGUUUGGAUCCACUCAGGCUCGACUAGUGGGCGAGGCCCUGCUAGAGAGCAGCACAGUGAUAGACUUUGUGUAUUGUUCCCCAUCUCUGCGAUGUGUUCAGACUGCACAGAACAUCCUGAAAGGUCUGCAGCAGGAUGCUAAACUGAAGGUUAGAGUGGAACCAGGUCUUUUUGAAUGGACCAAGUGGGUUUCUGGGAACUCGCUGCCUGCAUGGAUACCUCCAGCUGACCUAGCUGCUGCCAAUUUCAGUGUGGACACAUCAUAUAGACCACUGAUCCCUGUCAGCAAGCUCACUGUGUCUGAGUCCUAUGAGAGCUACAUGAGUCGGAGCUACCAAGUGACCAAAGAUCUCCUGUCGGACUGCAAAAACACUGGAAACAACGUGCUGAUUGUAGCCCACGCUUCUUCCUUAGAGGCCUGCACACGCCAGCUGCAGGGCCGCGGCCCACGGAGCGCCAAGGACUUCAUCCAAGUAGUCCGAAAGAUCCCCUACCUGGGCUUCUGCUCCUGUGAGGAGCAGGGGGACACUGGGGUGUGGCAAUUAAUGGACCCACCCAUCCUUCCCCUCACACAUGGACCAAACCACAGCUUUGACUGGAGGGAAACACUUGAUCAAGAAUGAUGUCUGCCCGACCAGAAACCCUCCAGCCUCCCUUCAAUCUGAUCAUACUGCAAAAAAAAAAAAAAUAUACGAAAGAAAGAAAAUAUACUGGAACUUUUCUCUUUUCAGACUCUUCACAGAACUGAUGGUCUAGAAGGAGCUUCCUGCCUGAAGAUGAGUCCCACUUGGUGAAAUGUUCAUGCCCAAAAUUUCACUGUAGGCUAUAAUUCACAAGGUGGACGCUGGGGAAGGUUCGGAGCUGUUCAGUGUGUCUGACUGUGUGGGAGAGCACUGACAUGGAGCUACAACAUUUUUUGAUAUUGUCAGUCCAAUCUCAGGAAAUUUUGUGGAAUUUGCUUUAGCUCUUCCUCUGCAUAUGGAUCAAAAUAAUAAUUAUGAUAAUAAUAAUAUUAUUAUUAUAAAUACGUUGGAUGGGAAGGUGCCACCUUCCAGACAGAUUGGGAGUUGGAUAUGAUUCAAGCUAGAAAAAGACAUUUGACUGAUUACCGUUACAUUUGUGCUCUAAAGAUGGUGACAUACAGUAUUUUGCAGAAUUCGGGUGGUUGGGUGGUCUGUACAUUUCCAAAUUCUGAGUUGUCUGGAACAUGGUAUAAAACAAAAUCUUGACACUGAAAGAAAGGUUCAGAAGUUGGAGAGUGGCUAUAGCUUUUAGCUCAGAAUGACUCAGGCUCUGCUUUUAUUUAAGUUUACGCUGAAAUGUUUUCCUUUUCCACUGAGCCAAAUAGUUUUAGUUCUAAACUCACCAAAUGCAAAGGGUUAGGUCUAGCCGUCUAAACUGUUAGCUUCAUCUGACAUUAGCUGUGUGUAGCAAUGGUAAACAUUAGCCAUGUUUGAUGUCACUCUUGCUAACUCACUGUCACUGUACUCUUGUCUGUCAGAUCUGAUAUUGUGGAUUGUUUUAGUUAAUCCUUCAACACGCUUACAUUUCAAACACUUAGCAUCACCACGUAACCAUGCUACUGUGUCUGUGUCAGGUUUACAUUCUGUUAUUAGCAUGUUAACAUUAGCACAGCUCAGCUAACCUGUGCUUAAUUUCAACAUAUCUCACAUAGUAAAUGUUAGCCUAUCACACUAACAUGCACUAGUAGCUAUUCCAAUAAUAAGAAAGGCAUUUGUUGCUCCACCAAUGUCAACCAUCUAAUAAUACUGUUAUUUUACCGUCAUUCAUUAAUCAUUAAAAAACUGUUUUGUAUGCUUUGUACAAUGUGCACAACAGCCUCAGGGGGGAGCUAGAGCAGCCACAGACUUUCCGCUUACAACCUCUAAAAAGAGGAGCAGUAGUUGCAGGUUCAUAUUUUGGCCAAUGUCGUCACGCCCUGGGGGGGAGGGGGCUAACUUAAUAUUUGCAUAAUUUCACAAAAUAUAUUGAGACUAUUAAGUAUUAAAAUGUAUUAUGAAAGUAUUAACAGUACCGCUUCCCUGCACAGUUUGAACAUACUGCACAUGUGAAUGUGUGCUCAGCGUUAAACACAGAGCUCCUGACCAGAAAACCAAAACACACGAUAUAAUCUGUCUGAAAAGAAACGCCAUUUUCUUGUCCUGCUUGUCCUGCUUGUCCUGCAUCAGUAGCUGAGGAGAGACAUGUCUCCUUUGGCGUAUUGACUCAUGUUGUGUCUACUUUGGUGCCACAUGUAGCACAUACAGUAUAACUGUGACUCCUGCCAGUCAUGCAGUGUAUAUAUAUAUAUUUAAAAAAAAACACGACACAACUAUAACAGCACAACCUGCAUUCUAGACAAUCAUACAGUAGCUUUUUGAUACUGGUCCAGCAGCAUUUAUGAGUCUGUGUUUGUUACAUGUUGUUCAGAGGUGCAGAGUAGCUGUACAUAAUCAUAUUUUGGAAAAGAAAAAGGUCUUCCGAUUUUAUUUCUAUUUAUUUAUAAACAUUUCUUCCAGAUGUUACAAGCAAAACUGUAUAUUAAAAAAAGAGGAUCAUCGCUUUUAAUAGCAUGCAAGAAUUAAUCUCAGGUGUUGACUGCAUUUAAGACAUACAGUAUGUAUAUGCAGCUUCUAAAGGUGUUCCACGAGUUGAGUGACUGUGUUGUUGUGAGAAUUAAAGUGAUGUCUCCUGAGUUACUGACUG